AAAACCACCAACCUGUCACAAAACAAGAUCAUCACUGCGACACAUCACCGACACCUGAUCGAUAAGCAGAAGAGCCAAACUGACUGCCAUCGGUGUGAAAUUCUAAGAACCAGAUCAAUUUUCAAUCGACGGCUUUAGUUUCGCCUGUGGUUACAGAACAUACAUGUCGCUAAUCGCUGUGACACUAGCAUUUUCGGACACUGCAAGAAACAAACCUCCGUUGAUAGUUUUGCCAACCGCCUAAGCAAAAAUCAGUUUCCUUUCCUUUAUUAUUAUUAUUAACCAAAAAUCCGCAGAGGAAUUUUAUUUUCUUUCCUUUUCUCAGGAAAAAUUUCUCGGGAAAGCUUUGAUAAGCAGGUUCGAACCCUUAAUCACACGAUUAAACUCAACGUCCUUUUCUUACAAUACAACUUGGUUAUUUGUGCUUGUUCUGCAUCGUCUUUGGCACCAUAAUAUUUGCAUAACUUCCUCCACCUGCACCUGCCCAGCAGUUUGUACACCCAUUACAGUUAAUUACUUUGCAAGGUCAAUUGAAUACAGCUGAAAACUGAUUGAAAGAAAGCAUUUUGGAGUGUAGAAUAUGCUACAGUGACGUUAAUAUUUAAACGUAGUAGCAGUUUACUUUCUAUCAAGCCAGACAAAAUAUUGACUUGUUCAAUAGCGUUCAGUAUAUGAUUGUGCUCCAUGGGAUGGAGAGGAGCCUUUUAUUCUCUGUUUUUCCUUUUCACCCUCGUAGAGUCCACCAGCCAGUCAGGGAAAGCUUGGAUAUUAAAUCUGGGUGCUGAUUCAAUUAGCAUGAGCUGGCCAAUCUUCAGUGCUAGCAUUUUUGUACUUGUUGCUCUUGUGCUAUCCAUGUACCUUAUCUUUGAGCACUUAGCAGCUUACAACCAGCCCGAGGAGCAAAAAUUCCUUAUUGGACUCAUUCUGAUGGUUCCUGUUUAUUCUCUUGAGUCGUUUUUAUCUUUGCUGGAUUCCAGUGCUGCAUUCAACUGGGAAGCAAUUAGGGAUUGUUAUGAAGCUUUUGCCUUGUAUUGCUUUGAGAGAUAUCUUAUAGCCUGCUUAGGUGGUGAGGAAAGUACAAUUCAAUUCAUGGAAAGUCAGAUGUUGGUCACUUCUAAUACACCUCUUUUGGAGGAGGAGUCAUAUGCUUAUGGAGUUGUGGAGCAUCCAUUUCCAUUAAAUUGCUUUCUGAGGGAUUGGCAACUAGGUCCUGACUUCUAUCAUGCUGUGAAAGUGGGCAUUGUGCAAUAUAUGAUAUUGAAGAUGAUCUGUGCACUCAUAGCAAUGAUUCUUGAAGCUUUUGGGGUAUACGGAGAAGGGAAAUUUGAGUGGAAAUAUGGCUAUCCAUACCUGGCAGUUGUUCUUAAUUUCAGUCAAAGCUGGGCCUUAUAUUGCCUUGUGCAGUUUUAUUCUGUCAUUAAAGACAAGUUAGCACCUAUUAAACCAUUAGCCAAGUUUCUGACAUUCAAGUCAAUUGUUUUCCUAACAUGGUGGCAAGGUGUUGCCGUUGCAUUUCUUUUCUCCAUGGGUGCCUUCAGAGGUUCUUUAGCUAAGGAGCUGAAAACACGUAUACAAGAUUACAUAAUCUGCAUAGAGAUGGGAAUUGCAGCUGUACUGCAUUUAUAUGUCUUUCCUGCUGUGCCAUACAAGCGUGGAGAGAGAUGUGUUCGUAAUGUAGCUGUGAUGACUGACUAUGCAUCUAUAGGAUCACCUCCAGAUCCAGAAGAGGUCCAGGAUUGUGAAAGAUACAGUCGGAUACGCCUAGCUCGGCAAGAUGACAUAGAAAAGCGAUUGAAUUUCCCCCAGAGUGUUCGUGAUGUGGUCUUUGGUAGUGGUGAAAUUAUUGUGGAUGACAUGAAGUAUACAGUGUCUCAUGUUGUGGAACCAGUUGAAAGGGGAAUUGCAAAAAUAAACAAAACCUUCCAUCAAAUCUCUGAAAAUGUGAAACGCCAUGAGGAGCGAAAGAAGAGCUCUAAGGAUGACAAUUAUCUUGUCCCCUUAAAUUCAUGGAAUAGGGAGUUUUCCGAAGCUCAUGAGAACCUUCUCGAGGGAAGCAUUAGCGACAGCAGUUUGUCUAGUGGCAAGAGAAAUUCACAUCAAUCUAAAGUCAAUUUAUCAAGGGCAAGAACAGGCACAUAAUGUCAAAGAGUAACCUUCCAAAUGGCAUUUCAAUUUGCUGUCACCUUAGACCAUCAUCAGUGUCAGUCCACUUCCUCACGUUACAAUUUGUUUCAAGGUGCAGAAGUUGUGACAGUGAAACUAAUGCUCGACAUUUUUCUAACUGAAAAUGUAUAGAGAAGAUACUACAGAUACUAUCAUCGACGUACGCAGCAGAGUCUGAAAGGAAUGUAACAAAAGUUUAGAGUUAGGAGAACUUACUCUGAAACCUGAAAGUCCGUUGUAAAUUUGGAAGCACAAUGGAUAUGGUGGCUUCCUUAGACCUCGUAUCUAAAAAAUGUAUUGUUAUAAUAUGUUGGUCCAUGAAUUUCAUUAAAUGUUAAAUGCUAAUUGUUCGGAUUUAAAGACCACGAAACUAAUCAUGUUUACUAAUGAAAUUAGUGAUUAAGAUUA